AUGAGUGAAGAAGAAGCACAUAAGAUAGUGGAAUUGGACGACGUAGGAGUUCAAUUGGAUGAGGGCGACGAAGAAGAUCUUCUGGAGUAUGAUGAUGAGCUUGCCGAGGAACAAUCAUCAGACGCCCAUAUACGCAACGUGGCAGAGAAUUUGAUGAAAAGCGAAUUGCCUAAAGUCACUGUGAAAUAUAAAGAUAGUACAUUUCUGUUGUUUACAUCAGAAGAAGAGAACGAAAGUAACCAACCCAUAAUAUGUGAAAAUGCUGCUCUUUAUCAGCGCCCCAUGGGGGAAUUUAUAGAGUCUGUUCGUAAGUUCAUGGGGAACCGUUUUGGCAGGUUGGCUUUUGCUACGAAGGAGUUGGUUUUGCAAUUAAAAAGCCUUGAUCUGACCCUUUUCGAAGAUAAUGUCUACAACAACCAUAUUUCAUUCAGCGAUGUUUAUACUAUAUUUAAGAUCCUGAAGGAAAGAUCGGAGUCUAAUUUUGAAGCUGAUAUACCGACACACCUGACUAUUGAAUUGAGUACAAGGCCAAGGUUUGUCUCCCGGUACAACGCCUUGGUUGAGCUAACUGAAAGCUCAGCUACGCUGAAGAAUAUUAAACCAUUUUCUAACGACGAAACGCAUCCUUUAAUUUUGGAUGACAAUGACCAAUCUGUGCAUCACCAUACUUCAGAAGUCAUUGUAAUGGACAUUGACGAUGACGGAGGUGAUGAUUCUGAAGACUAA